GCAAUUUUCUGACAUCGGGCUGGACGAUGAGGUGGCUGGAUGAAGAGGAGAAGCUGGAGCCGAUGCCGCCGCCACCGGCCCCCAAGGCACGUCCUGACACACACAGAAUACCCUCGCCACAUCUGCGAAGAGCAUGUAAUGCUGUAAUGGAUACCGGCGACGAGCCGGCUCCGCAAUCUCCUCCCGUUCCGCACACCCACCCAUUGGUAGCGCUAAGUGACGAAAGCGCGCGCAACGUUAAGCUCCAGCGCGAAGGAGGCGGCAUGGCCAUGCGCAGCAAUCAGAGGCUAUUCCGUCACCCAAUCGUCACCGGAAAGCGGCUGAACCCGACAUUUCUGAGUCGCGACCGCAUCAAAGCGUUCAUGGACCGUCAAAAUGAGGAACCACAACAAAGUGUCAACUCUUUUGCAGUCGAGGCGGAGCAUUCCAGUCGCAUCAUCGCAUUGCAAUUACAGCGACAAGGUGAAGAGAUGGAGAAGGCGCCAAUGAUGGCACCACUAGCGGAAGAAGAGCGAACUAUAGCAGCUACAGAGGCCAGUGCUAGACGCCACGAGUUGUUGCAAACUGCUCGACUACAGGCGCUUGAGAGCAGAUGGAGAGAUGAAGAUGAAGAAAAUAAAGGAGCGCUGAUAAAUGGAGGGACUGGCAGUGCACUAGCGCGUGCCAGUGAAAGGAAAGUUAGGAAGCAGUUGAAUCCCAAGUGGGUGCAGUCACGGCAGGACCCAUCCAACCGACCGAAGGGGGCACUACAACGACCGGAGGAGAGGCAUCUAAGAGAGACACUGUUUCGAAAAACUCCGAGUGAUCUGUUGCGGUCGGGUGUGCUGUAUGAUGAAGCAGAUGUAGCACGCAACGCUACGUUUGGGCCAUUGAGUAGGCCACAAUUACCUGUGGUUACGAGUGGAAUUGUUGGACUGGCAGGAUGCUGCUUCGAGGAGUACGAGAAUUAAUUAUUAACCGAGCUAGCAUUUGUGCACGCCGUAUCUGUGCAAUUAGAUCAUUAGUAGGAUGGCAAGAACGCUGCGAUCUCGCGGACGUACUCUUUCUUCUCCUUAGUAACGAGCACAGUGUUGAAGAUAAGGAUCGCAAGCACCACGAAUGAGUGGGCAACUUGAAGUGACGACGACCACGCCACAAACUCAGCCAGCAUUACCGCCGCCUCAAUUGCGACCAACACUCCAACAGUGUACAGCGCCUUGCCAUUCAAGUCACCAACGCCCAAUAUCAUCACGGCAAUCAACAGCAACAGGUCCGUCACCAGUAUAAACUGCAAAAUAGCAACAUAAUUGUUAAUUAAGCUAUAGAACCAACUUGAAAGUAACGCAGGACGUGCUCACCGUCUUCACAGG